UAGACACCAUGACGUCACCGCUGUAGACUAUGUGCACCCGAAAAGGAGUGUACACACUAGUCUAUAUGGGUUAGGAGCCUAACUGCCAGAGGGGUUUUAAACCCGACAGUAACGAUAACGCAUACUGUUUUAGCCUACAUAUAUAUCUCUCUGAGGAAUUAAUCCCAGCGGCGACAUCUGCCGCGUCAAAUAACAUCUUUACGCAACGCUUCCUGGCGCCUGUCAAUGUCGCCUAGUGCAGCAAGGGAUCAGAGUCUCUCCGUGCAAUUAAUAUUUGAAGGCGAAACUUUAGCCUCUUCCGGUUACUGGAACGUUUGAAGACAUUUGGAACGUAGCGUUGAAAUAAUCCCAUUGGAACAUAAAGCUACGCCGAAAGUCGCAUCGUUCCGGGUUCGACUCGAAAUGAAACACUUUUGAAAACUCUGUGUUCUGCGUGGACGUGUGUUCCUGUCUCGUCCCCAUUCCGCCUAAAUCGCAGCAGAUGGAGGGUUGCUGAGACCCGGGGAAUGAGAUACGCAUCUUUUGACUCGUCGAGGCAGCAUCCGAACAGCUGCAGGAGCUCGCUCGCUCCCUCUCUCCAUCUCACUCUCUCCCGUACGCAGGAAAGAACGGAACGGAACACUUAAUUUUUACAGCAAGGACCUUCCUUAAAUUCGGUAGAUUCAACGAAUUUUAUGAUUUGCAACUUAGCCUUAUUAAAUUCCAUUUGCAUGGUUGUAACCUCGAUGAUGGUCUUACUAUCGGCGCCAAGGGGAGAUGUAAGCUGAUUCGUUGGAGGUGGGUUGUAGCCGUAGCAGCGCUGUGCUGACUGACAAAGCGACAGACCGACAGAGCGAGGAGAGCAGAGGAGCUGUCCAUAGGCUGGUGGUGCUGAUGCGGCGGCUCUGAGAAAAGCAGAGAAACCGAGCAUGGCUGCUGGGAAGUUACUGCUCUACGCCGGCCUGUCCCUCUCUCUGUGCGCCCUAGGAAUGCUAGCAGUGGCAAUCUGUUCCGACCACUGGUACGAGACUGACGCGCGGAGGUACCGGGAGCGCUGUCGGAGCUUCUCCAGCCGUAAGAACCCAGGCUUUAUCUACAUCCCCAACAACAGCCUCCCUCUGCGGGCUAGCCGCUCCAGACUGGACCGCUGGGAGGACAAGCUGCUCCUAGCCCGGAACAGAAGGCAGCUGUUCGCUAUGUCCGCCGCGGACGAAUGUAGCAGGCAGUACAACUCUACCAACAUGGGACUGUGGAGCAAAUGCCACCGACUGGACUUCGACCAGGACGUAGAAGACCUCAUUCGCAAAGGUAAGAGAGAGGAAACGUAUAAUAUAGUACAGAAUUGUUUACAAUAAGACAGUAAGUCUACUGUUACAUUAUGGGAGUCUACAUGUGUAUAGUCUAUGUGUUUACCUAACCAACCAUCAAGCCACUAUGAAUGUCGCUCAUAUUGGGGAAAUGAUGAAAUAGUCUGUCUUGGUUGACCGUGGUUAGUUGUGCAUCUUCACAAGCCCCUUGGCUGGACAAUUAGGCUCCAGAAGAAUCCUAUUAUUCACGUUGUUAUGCAUCUCUCUCAGAGAGAGCGUGGUCAGAUAGAGAGACGUCACCACCACCUCUGUAAUGCUGGAUCCAAAUGGCCUUCAGCUGAGUCGUGUGUGUCAUGUUGUAGGAGGAGAGUACAGGCUAUCAUUUGAGGCUGAUGCACCAUGGCAACACACAGCUCUGAUCCAGUAGAUGGUAGGCCUGCUGCUUGCUGUAACUACGGCUCCAUUCUCACAUCUACCUCUCGCUAUCUCUCUCCCUCUGUGUCUCUACCUCUCUCUCUGUGUCUCUCUCUCUGUGUCUCUACCUCUCUCUCUCUCUCUCUCUGUGUGUCUCUACCUCUCGCUGUCUCUCUACCUCUGUGUCUCUACCUCUCUCUGUGUCUCUACCUCUGUCUCUCUACCUCUCUUUCUCUGUCUCUCUACCUCUCUCUCUCUGUCGCUCUACCUCUCUCUGUCUCUCUACCUCUCUCUCUCUGUCUCUCUACCUCUCUCUCUCUGUCUCUCUACCUCUCUCUCUCUCGCUCUCUCUGUGUCUCUCUCGCUCUCUCUGUGUCUCUACCUCUCUCUCUGUCUCUCUACCUCUCUCUCUCUGUCUCUCUACCUCUCUCUCUCUGUCUCUCUACCUCUGUCUCUCUGUCUCUCUACCUCUCUCUCUCUGUCUCUCUACCUCUCUCUCUCUGUCUCUCUGUCUCUGUCUCUCUACCUCUCUCUCUGUCUCUCUACUUCUCUCUCUCUGCCUCUCUCUCUCUGUCUCUCUACCUCUCUCUCUGUCUCUCUACCUCUCUCUCUCUGUCACUCUACCUCUCUCUGUGUCUCUCUCUCGCUCUCUCUGUGUCUCUACCUCUCUCUGUGUCUCUCUCUCUCUACCGCUCUCUCUCUCUGUCUCUCUACCUCUCUCUCUCUGUCUCUCUACCUCUCUCUCUCUGUGUCUCUACCUCUCUCUCUGUGUCUCUACCUCUCUCUCUGUGUCUCUCUCUCUGUGUCUCUACCGCUCUCUCUCUGUGUCUCUACCUCUCUCUACCUCCCUCUAUGUGUCUCUACCUCUCUGUGUCUCUACCUUUCUCUCUCUGUGUGUCUCUACCUCUGCCUCUAUCUCUGUGUGUCUCUACCUCUCUCUCUCUCUCUCUCUCUGUGUCUCUACCUCUCUCUCUCUGUGUCUCUACCUCUCUCUCUCUGUGUCUCUACCUCUCUCUCUCUGUGUCUCUACCUCUCUCUCUCUGUGUCUCUACCUCUCUCUCUCUCUCUGUGUCUCUACCUCUCUCUCUGUAUCUCUACCUCUCUCUCUCUGUGUCUCUUCCGCUAUCUCUCUGUGUCUCUACCUCUCUCUCUCUGUGUCUUUGCUCUCUCUCUCUGUGUCUCUACCUCUCUCUCUCUCUGUGUCUCUACCUCUCUCUCUCUCUGUGUCUCUACCUCUCUCUCUGUGUGUCUUUACCUCUCUCUCUGUGUCUCUACCUCUCUCUCUCUCUGUGUCUCUACCUCUCUCUCUCUCUGUGUCUCUACCUCUCUAUCUCUCUGUGUCUCUACCUCUCUAUCUCUCUGUGUCUCUACCUCUCUCUCUCUCUGUGUCUCUACCGCUAUCUCUCGGUGUCUCUACCGCUAUCUCUCGGUGUCUCUACCGCUAUCUCUCUGUGUCUCUACCGCUAUCUCUCUGUGUCUAUACCGCUAUCUCUCUGUGUGUCUCUCUCUCUGUGUGUCUCUCUCUGUGUCUCUACCGCUAUCUCUCUGUGUCUCUACCGCUAUCUCUCGGUGUCUCUACCGCUAUCUCUCUGUGUCUCUACCGCUAUCUCUCUGUGUCUCUACCGCUAUCUCUCUGUGUCUCUACCGCUAUCUCUCUGUGUCUCUACCGCUAUCUCUCUGUGUCUCUGCCGCUAUCUCUCUGUGUCUCUGCCGCUAUCUCUCUGUGUCUCUGCCGCUAUCUCUCUGUGUCUCUACCUCUCUCUGUUUGUGUGUGUGUGUGUGUGUGUGUCUACCCUCCUCCACGUGUGAUUCUGUGGGAUGCUAUAUCCUCCUGACCCUCACACUGUAAAUAAUGAUGAUGUCACCACUUCCUGUCUUGUGGGCUAGGCCAGUCCUACCACACUAUGAGGAGGGAGACUCAGACCUCUUAAAACAUGACUCCCCUAUCCACAAUAUAUAAAGGAAGCUGUGGUUCUCACGUGUAGACCUGGGGUUGUAUCAUGUUACACCCUAGCCUGUAGGUCUUUCUCAUUAUCAAGAGAGACUGUUACACCCUAGCCUGUAGCUCUACCUCAUUAUGAAGAGAGACUGUUACACCCUAGCCUGUAGGUCUACCUCAUUAUGAAGAGAAACUGUUACACCCUAGCCUGUAGGUCUACCUCAUUAUGAAGAGAAACUGUUACACCCUAGCCUAUAGGCCUACCUCAUUAUGAAUAGAGACUGUUACACCCUAGCCUGUAGGUCUGCCUCAUUAUGAAGAGAGACUGUUACACCCUAGCCUGUAGGUCUACCUCAUUAUGAAGAGAAACUGUUACACCCUAGCCUGUAGGUCUACCUCAUUAUGAAGAGAAACUGUUACACCCUAGCCUGUGGGUCUACCUCACUAUGAAGAGAGACUUACACCCUAGCCUGUGGGUCUACCUCAUUAUGAAGAGACUGUUACACCCUAGCCUGUUGGUCUACCUCAUUAUGAAGAGAGACUGUUACACCCUAGCCUGUAGGUCUACCUCAUUAUGAAGAGAGUAGACUGUUACACCCUAGCCUGUAGGUCUACCUCAUUAUGAAGAGAGACUUACACCCUAGCCUGUAGGUCUACCUCAUUAUGAAGAGAGUAGACUGUUACACCCUAGCCUGUAGGUCUACCUCAUUAUGAAGAGAGACUGUUACACCCUAGCCUGUAGAUCUACCUCACUAUGAAGAGAGGGACACUCACUCAGACCUCAUCCUUUGACUUAGAUAAAGUCUCAUCCGUACACUCUUAGAGAAAAGAAGGUGCGAAGUAGAACCAUCCAGUGUUUUUUCGGUAUGACCUCAUAGGGGAACCCAUUUUGGUGCUAAUGUGGGUAGAACCCUUUGCAGAGGGGUUUACCUAAAACCCUCUAUUUAGGGUUCUUCAAAGAUCCUCCUGUAUGCUUCUACCUAAACCCCUUUAUGAAAGGUUUCACCAGCCUCUUUAGUCUUUAAAAUGUUAUUAUUUAUGACAAUAAAUUACACAUACAUAUUGUAAAGGUUUUGACUUGAUGUUAUUGUUUAUAGGGGUGCCAGGUAGGUUGUGCCUACCAGAGAAAACAUUGGUUUCUCCUUUUGGUUUGGGAGGGAAUGAGUCCCAUCUGGUCCGUCAAGUCUACACCAAUACGAAGGGCUUAUGUAAAAGUCAGGAUGGGGAAAUACACUUUUCAUAAACCCUUAAAAACAUUGGAAAGAACUUCAAAAACUGUAUUCUUUUGUGUGGGUUGUAUUACCAACAUAAAGGAUCACACACACAUAUAACAAUAUAACAAAUAAUGAGUUCUGGUUCCUCCAGAAACUUCCUGUACCUCGGGCCUAAAAAGAGUCCAGCCCGGUAAAGGAGUUCAUGGAACUGAAGUGACCUUAGUCACGCAAUGUUUGUCCGUUCUUUCAAGUGUAGCGUAAACCCAGUAUCAAAUCAUACAAUCAAAAAUAACAAUUUAUUUUACCACACAACCAUCAAGAGUAUCAACUCUUAUUAAUAAGUCCUCAACUACAACUAACUACAUAAAUCAUCACGGUAUACGUCACGCCAAAACAAAUGAAAUACCGUGUACAAAAAGGUUGUAGUCAGUCAGUCAGACAAACCAAUCCGCUAACAGAUCUCCGGGCGGAGAAAAGGCCACGAAGAAAAACGUAGAGGUGUAUUCCACAGACGCACAGAGUGGAUCCAAUCCUGGGUAAACUCGCUAUUAGGCUACAAAACACACUUUUAAUGGCAACCCAACAAACGGAGGUGAGACGCUUCAGGAACUGAGGGUUGACCACGUCCUCAUUCACGUCUCCAUCACAACCCCACUUUUGCGUAGCUGAUGCUUGCUAUUUAAUUGGGAAUUAAAGGGGAAGCGCCCUAUUGGAAAGAGAAGCACUAUUUAAUUGGGAAUUAAAGGGGAGGCUCCCUAUUGGAAAGAGAAGCGCUAUUUAAUUGGGAAUUAAAGGGGAAGCGCCCUAUUGGAAAGAGAAGCACUAUUUAAUUGGGAAUUAAAGGGGAGGCUCCCUAUUGGAAAGAGAAGCGCUAUUUAAUUGGGAAUUAAAGGGGAAGCGCCCUAUUGGAAGGAGAAGCACUAUUUAAUUGGGAAUUAAAGGGGAGGCUCCCUAUUGGAAGGAGAAGCACUAUUUAAUUGGGAAUUAAAGGGGAAGCGCCCUAUUGGAAAGAGAAGCACUAUUUAAUUGGGAAUUAAAGGGGAGGCUCCCUAUUGGAAAGAGAAGCGCUAUUUAAUUGGGAAUUAAAGGGGAAGCGCCCUAUUGGAAAGAGAAGCACUAUUUAAUUGGGAAUUAAAGGGGAGGCUCCCUAUUGGAAAGAGAAGCGCUAUUUAAUUGGGAAUUAAAGGGGAAGCGCCCUAUUGGAAGGAGAAGCACUAUUUAAUUGGGAAUUAAAGGGGAGGCUCCCUAUUGGAAGGAGAAGCACUAUUUAAUUGGGAAUUAAAGGGGAAGCGCCCUAUUGGAAAGAGAAGCACUAUUUAAUUGGGAAUUAAAGGGGAGGCUCCCUAUUGGAAAGAGAAGCGCUAUUUAAUUGGGAAUUAAAGGGGAAGCGCCCUAUUGGAAGGAGAAGCACUAUUUAAUUGGGAAUUAAAGGGGAGGCUCCCUAUUGGAAGGAGAAGCGCUAUUUAAUUGGGAAUUAAAGGGGAAGCUCCCUAUUGGAAGGAGAAGCGCUAUUUAAUUGGGAAUUAAAGGGGAAGCGCCCUAUUGGAAGGAGAAGCACUAUUUAAUUGGGAAUUAAAGGGGAGGCUCCCUAUUGGAAGGAGAAGCACUAUUUAAUUGGGAAAUAAAGGGGAAGCUCCCUAUUGGAAGGAGAAGCACUGAGACGGUUCAGAAAAAGUCAGGGCCGUCACAAUAUAUACUCUUUUUUUUCAAAGAGUGUAGACUAAUCCAUAGACUAGGAUACAGCUAUAGAGACCUACAGUAGUGCACUAUAAAGACAGUAAGGUACCGUGUCUCAUCCAUAGACUAGGAUACAGCUAUAGAGACCUGGUCUACAGCAGUGCACUAUAAAUACAAUAAGGUACCAUGUCUCAUCUAUAGACUAGGCUACAGCUAUAGAGACCUGGUCUACAGUAGUGCACUAUAAAGACAGUAAGGUAACGUGUCUCAUCCAUAGACUAGGAUACAGCUAUAGAGACCUACAGUAGUGCACUAUAAAGACAGUAAGGUACCAUGUCUCAUCCAUAGACUAGGAUACAGCUAUAGAGACCUGGUCUACAGCAGUGCACUAUAAAGACAGUAAGGUACCAUGUCUCAUCCAUAGACUAGGAUACUCAUCAACAUAUGUGCUAUUCAUACAGGCUGUGUGCAGAGUUGACUGUUCUAUAUGAGUAGAACCAUUGAGUAGAACCAUUGAGUAGAACCAUUGAGUAGAACCGUUGAGUAGAACCAUUGAGUAGAACCAUUGAGUAGAACCACUGAGUAUAACCAUUGAGUAGAACCAUUGAGUAGAACCAUUGAGCAGAACCAUUGAGUAGAACCAUUAAGCAGAACCAUUGAGUAGAACCAUUGAGUAGAACCAUUGAGUAGAACCAUUAAGCAGAACCAUUGAGUAGAACCAUUGAGUAGAACCAUUGGGUAGAACCAUUGAGUAGAACCAUUGAGCAGAACCAUUGCGUAGAACCAUUGAGUAGAACCAUUGAGUAGAACCAUUGACUAGAACCAUUGAGUAGAACCCUUGAGUAGAACCGUUCAUUCCCAAUGUCCAAAUGUUUAUUCAUCGUUGUGUUGAUCAAUCAUGAGUAAACUCUUCUCUGGAGAAGAAGCUAGUCUCUGUUCUAUAGCGUGUGAUGUGUGGUUGCUAUGCAGUCACCUGGCAUUGGUCGGCUUCUGACGGAGGUUACUGUCCACCAUUAGUGUGUGUGUGUGUGUGUGUGUGUGUGUGUGUGUGUGUGUGUGUGUGUGUGUGUGUGUGUGUGUGUGUGUGUGUGUGUGUGUGUGUGUGUGUGUGUGUGUGUGUGUGUGUGUGUGUGUGUGUGUGUGUGUGUGUGUGUGUGUGUGUGCGCGCAGUGUGUGCCCAUCUCAGCAUCUGUGUGUCAGUGAAAAUGAGUGUGUGUCCCUAUCCAGGCUGCUAGAGGGACUGUGUUUGUGUGGUGGAAUGGGGAGUGAAGCUUUCAGAUAUGUGACCC